UCGCGCGGCGCGUGAAAUGCCUCGGCUCAAAAGCUUCCCCACACAAAACCCCAGGUUGUAGCCGCAGCACCAUCUUGCCGACCGUUGAGCCUCUUGUCUUUCAAUAAACCCGUCACCAUCCCUCCAGACGCGGCCCCGUCUUCCAGUCUCCUUUUCCAUCUCAUCUAGACGUCCGCACACCAUGCCGUUCAACACAGAGCUCACGCGUGCCCUCGGCAUCAGAAUCCCUGUUGUCCAAGGUGGAAUGCAAUGGGUCGGCUACGCCGAGCUGGCCUCUGCCGUCUCCAACGCUGGCGGCCUGGGAAUACUCACAGCCCUCACCCAACCCACCCCUGAGGACCUCCGCAAGGAAAUCCGCCGCUGCCGCACCAUGACCAAAUACCCCUUCGGCGUCAACCUGACGCUCCUCCCCGCCAUGGUCCCCCCGGACUACGCCGCCUACGCCCGCGUCAUCAUCGAGGAGAAGAUCCGCAUCGUCGAGACCGCCGGCAACUCGCCGGGCCCCGUCAUCAAGCAGCUCAAAGCCGCCGGCACCACCAUCCUGCACAAGUGCACCACCAUCCGGCACGCGCAGUCCGCGGUGAAGCUCGGCGUCGACUUCCUGUCCAUCGACGGCUUCGAGUGCGCCGGCCACGUCGGCGAAACAGACAUCACCAACUUCAUCCUGCUAAGCCGCGCGCGCCAGACCCUGGGCGUGCCGUUCAUCGCCUCGGGCGGGUUCGCGGACGGCCAGGGCUUGGCAGCCGCGCUGGCGCUGGGCGCGUGCGGAAUCAACAUGGGCACGCGGUUCAUGUGCACGGUCGAGGCGCCCAUCCACGUGAACAUCAAGCAGGCGAUUGUCGACGCGCAGGAGACCGACACCACGCUCGUGCUGCGGCGGUGGAAGAACACAAGCCGGCUGUUCGCGAACAAGGUGGCGCUGGAGGCGGUGGAUAUCGAGACGAAGAGCACGACGGGCAAGUUCGAGGAAGUCGCGGGGCACGUGUCGGGGAAGCGCGGCAGGCAGGUGUUUUUGAACGGCGACAAGGACUUUGGCGUCUGGACGGCGGGGCAGGUGAUUGGGCUGAUUCAUGAUAUCCCGACGAAUGAGGUUCUGCUCAAGCGCAUUGAGAGGGAGGCGGUGGAGACGAUGAGGCAGAAUCAGACGCUGUUUAUCGAGGAGGGACAGGAGCCGGUUGCGCCGGGUGCGACGGUGGGGAAGAACGAGAAUAACCCUGGCGCAGAGGUCUGGGGGAUCGGGAAGAGUAAGCUGUAGGCGAUUCGUUGAGUUUUCGAGACGUUGUUUCCUAGUCGUAGAACUGUAAGAAGUAGACAUGCGAAUCUGAACUAGACAUCCUGAACAUCACACAUCACGGUCGUAUCAAGGCGAGCAUAGCACUGCAUGGACUGGUGAGUAAGUACUCG